AUGGCACCGCAAGCCAAAGCAAACUACAAGUCCUACGAGGCUCAGGCCCGCCUUAUUCGGGCUAUUGUCGCUGCCCAUCCUGAAGUCAAAUGGAACUACAAAGAGAUUGUCGCCUCCUUCGGGAGCGAUAUGACUGAGGAUGCUCUCAAUCAUCGAUUCCGACGACUGCGUGCUGAGGCGGUCAUCAUUCGCCACGGAAGGGAUGCAGGAUUCGACAUGAAACAUCUCAGCGUCGAAGACUUGCCCAAGACGCAAGCCACUGUUGAGAAAAAUAAUAUCUCUCAAUACUUUGGCCAGUCAACUCCUGAUGGCAUUCAGUUUCAAUUCAGAACCAUCAAGAAGGAUGCAGACUACCUUCGCAAGGUCAAGGCUGCCGGAGGAGAUGUUGCCAACUGCCUUCCUUCUGUCGGUUCCGGUGGAAGUGUCACCAGCACUCCUACCAAACGUACACCUUCCAAGCCAACUCCCUCGAAGGGUUCUCGUCCCCGAGCCUCUGCUAAACGGGGCCAGGGAUACAUCAAGGAAGAGGACUCGGCCAUUGAGGAGGAGUCUGAAGACUUCUCCGAAUUGGACCAGGAGACCCCAAGCAAGCGACAGAAGACUGUUGGCAGGAAGUCUGCUACUCCAUCGCGACAAGCUGCGUCCCGUGCUGCCGCUACUAUCGCAGCCGACGCAGCAGUUUCGUACAACCCACAGAGCAGUGUUGACUCCCUUUCCGAGGGUGAACCAUCCGAACUUGUCCACUCCAAUGGUUCCAUUUUCGCCGCUGUCGAGAAGAAACCUGAUCCACGAGUUUUGGACUCCAACCCUUACUCUCAUCAUAGCGUCAACCCCUACAUGGGUGGUGAUGACAUGAAUGACUCUCUCUACGGGGACCUGCUCAGAGAUACUGGUGACGGAGAAAUUUAA